AUGACGGAUGGAACAAUGAAAAAAUUGCCGGAAGAUGUGGUGUUUUAUAUAUUCUUCAGGUUUCCGGUGAAAUCAAUUUCCCGAUUCAAAUGUGUUACUAAAAGUUGGUACACGCUCAUACAAUCAUUCAAUUUCAUCAAUCUACAUCUCAACCGCACCACUACCACCAAAGAUGAAUUCAUUCUUAUCAAAAGAUCCUUUAAAGAAACCAAAGGAUUUAAAACUGUUUUGUCUUUUCUCCUCAGUGCUGAUGGCGAAGAUGAUCUUGAUCCUAUUUCCAGGGAUAUAGCUGUGCCAUAUCUGUGCACCAGUUAUGGUAGUAUCUGUCAUCAGCUCAAUGGUCCUUGUCAUGGUUUGAUUUUUUUAACUGACUUCACCAACAUUGUAAUAUUAAACCCAGCUACUAGAAAUUAUAGGCUGCUCCCACCCAGCCAUAUUGGUUGCCCACGUGGUUUCUAUCGUUCUAUUGGCGGUGUUGGAUUUGGCUAUGACUCAAUUCAAAAGAAAUACAAGGUAGUUACAAUUUCAGAAGUUUUCGGGGAACCUCCAUUCAAUGAUCCUAGUGUGGUAGAGUGGAAAGGUGAGGUUUAUGACUCGAGCAUUGAUUCUUGGAGAGAACAUCAAGAGUUGCCCUGGCGUUAUAAUUUCCCUUAUUCUGAAAUAUUUUAUAAGGGAGCCUUUCAUUGGUAUGCCCACAGAAAAAUUGUGAUAAUUCUUUGUUUUGAUAUAAGUACUGAAAUUUUUCGCACCAUGCAAGUGCCUGAAACUUGUGCAGAAUAUGAUGAAAAAUGUCAUAGCCUUGUAGUCUUAGAUGAGUCUCUAACAUUUAUUUGUUACCCUGACCCAGGGAGGGAAAGUAGUCCAAUACAAGAAACAACUAAAAUUUGGAUAAUGGAGGAGUACAGUGUAAAUGAGUCUUGGAUUAAGAAAUAUACAAUUAGAUCUCCUCCUAUUGAGUCCCCCUUGGUAGUUUGGAAAGAUCGUCUAAUGCUUCUUCGAGACAAAAGUGGACUUCUGAUUUCAUAUCUAGAAUCUAAUAAAAUCAAGGAAUUCAAGUUAGAUGGUUAUCCUGGAAGUUUGAGAAUAAUAAUUUACAAGGAAAACUUGAUUCCAAUUCCUACGGGUAGUACCCAAGUUCAAAGUUUUAGGGAAGGUAAAACUCCUUAA